AUGAUCAAAUAAUUAUUUAGAAGGUCCUUGACUAUUCAACCUGGACUCUUCUCUUUUAGCGAGUACUUUAAAGAGAGAGACAAGGCUGAAAUAUUUGAAUAUUACAAUAACAAAUUCACUGAUAAGAGAUACAUCAUGUAUACUCAAAAAUGGAGGAAUGAUUUAGAGAAGAAAGCAAAACGUAGAGCUCGACAUUAAGAAUUGGAAAGACAAAGGACACCUCCUGUGGCUUAGGAAUGCAAAUUCAUUGUGCAUGAUUAAUUGAAAGGAAUUGAAUUGCCAACAUCUCUUAAAUUUGCAGUCUGCAAGAUUGGUGGUAGCUAAUAUAAAGUGGUCAAGGAUGAUUAAAUCAUCACAGAAUACAUGGAGGGAUUAGACAUCAACACAACAAUUGAAUUAGAUUAAGUAUUGAUGGUUGGAGCUAAAGAUUACACAGUCUUGGGAAGACCAUUUGUGGAAAAUGCAAAAAUAUUAGCAACAGUAGAAUAAUAAACAUUAAGUGAAAAAGAACUCAUUUAUAAAAAAAAGAGAAGAAAGAGAUAUUAAAAAUCUUAAGGACAUAGAUAAAGGAUCACAAUAUUGCGAAUUAAUGAGGUGGUUCAUGAUGUCAAUGAUCAAUUAUUAAAUAGAGCUGUAGCAUUAAUCUGAUAUAUAUAUUAAAUAUAAAUCAUAAUAAUAAAGUCUGAGAACGUAAUUUUAUUAUAUUUUGA